CACCGUCGCCGGAACGCCAUGCACGUGCGCGCGCGUCCGUUUCGACAACAUUUGAUGUUUUGAGUUUUGGCCAUCGUAGUUGUCGCCGAUCCGCUCCGUACGCCUUCACGAUUAAUUGUCGCCCGCGUGAAGCUAAUUAUAAUAGUAAUUCAUCGGCAAACGAAAUCGUAACGAAUUCAAUAAAAUCGCACUCGCCCGGGGCGCGCGCGCGCAAUCGUGUCGUCCGUCGCCGUCGCACUCGCGAGGUUUCUGUACAAUAUAAUUCUGGCACAUAAUACAAAUAUUAUUAUUACUAUUAUUAUUAUCUUACCGUGAGACCUUAGAGCUGUAAAACGUUGGUACGGGCGUCGGAAUAGUUUUUGAUUCCAUAUUUCCGUCAAAGAUUAUUCGAGAAAAUUAACGAACAAGUCCUCACAUAUGUAUGCAAUUUUCGUUUGGAACGUCUAAUUAUUUUCUCUGAUUGGAACGUUGAAGUGGCAUGCCGUUGUCUUCCCCUAGUGGCUGUGGCGGUGCUCAUGUUGGUGUUAUUAUAUUAUGGUAACGAGAACUAGAUGAUCUUAAAUGGGUGUUACGGUUAAGAGCCUGUGGCGCGGUGAUUAUGGUAGUGAACAAAUCUGCGGGCGGUCGUACGCUCUCACUGAGCACAACUGCCAACGGCACUGCUGCAGCGGUGGCGGGUAACCUGCAGUCCGGCGUACCGUUUCUGCCCAAAAGCCCAAGCUUCCAUAGUGGUUUGGAUCUGCUUGCUGGCCGUGAAAAAUCUCCAAUCAUUAUGUUUUGCGAUCCAACAAUGCACUUGCCCAGGCUUCACGAAGCCAAUUCAUCUGAAAGAGAACAGUUGCUUAUUCAGAAAAUGCAACAGUGCUGUGUGUUGUUUGACUUUAUUUCUGAUCCACAGUCUGAUCUAAAAUGGAAAGAAAUCAAGCGAGAAACAUUACAUGAAAUGGUAGACUAUUUGUCAUCUAAUCACGGUAACGUGCUUACUGAAGCUAUUUACCCCGAAGCUGUAAGAAUGUUUGGAGUAAAUUUAUUCCGUAGUCUGCCUCCAUCAAGUAAUCCCAAUGGCGCAGAGUUUGAUCCAGAAGAGGACGAACCUCUAUUAGAAGCAGCCUGGCCUCAUUUACAACUGGUAUAUGAGUUCUUCCUUAGGUUUUUAGAGUCUCAAGACUUUCAGCCCCAUAUAGCUAAAAACUAUAUUGAUCAGAAAUUUGUUCUUCAGUUGUUGGAGCUAUUUGAUUCAGAAGAUCCACGAGAGAGAGACUUUUUGAAAACUAUACUGCAUCGAAUUUAUGGUAAAUUUUUAAGUUUGCGAGCAUACAUUCGAAAACAGAUAAACAACAUAUUUUAUAGUUUUAUAUACGAAACAGAACAUCAUAAUGGCAUUGCAGAGCUUUUAGAAAUUUUAGGAAGCAUUGUCAAUGGUUUUGCAUUGCCUUUGAAAGAGGAGCACAAGGUAUUCUUGCUAAAAGUUCUACUGCCUUUACAUAAAGUGAAAUCUUUAUCUGUGUACCAUCCACAAUUGGCUUAUUGUAUUGUUCAGUUCCUUGAAAAAGAUCCAUCUCUUACAGAACCAGUUAUCAGAAGUUUGUUAAAGUUUUGGCCAAAAACACAUUCCCCAAAAGAGGUCAUGUUUCUUAAUGAAUUAGAAGAAAUUUUGGACAUAAUUGAACCAUUGGAAUUUCGAAAAGUGCUUAAGCCAUUAAUACAUCAAUUAGCUAGAUGUGUCUCUAGUCAACAUUUUCAAGUUGCAGAGAGAGCACUUUACUUUUGGAACAAUGAGUACAUAAUGUCACUGAUGUCUGAGAAUGUUGAUGAAAUUUUGCCAAUCAUGUUUCCAGUGUUAUACAAAAAUUCUAAAACUCAUUGGAAUAAAAAUAUACAUGGUCUAAUGUACAAUGCAUUAAAAAUAUUUACUGAAACUAAUCCUGUACUAUUUCAUACGUGCACCCAACAAUUCAAAGAAGAUAGGAAGACUGAAGUGGAUAAGUUAAAGAAACGAGAUGAAAAGUGGCAUCGAGUAGAAGAGUUGGCUAAAAGGAAUCCCAAUUUUACAGUAUCCAUUGAUAGUAAUUUGUCAUUUUAUACUGACUUUGCAAGGUCACCAAUUAAUGAUUUAGACCCGACUAUUGAUUUGAAAAGUUUAGAAGAGGAUACCAAGUAUCAUAUUGAUACAGAUAACCGUAAAAAUCGAAAAGAAAAACCUUUAUUAAGGCGUAAAUCUGAAUUACCACAUGACACUUACACUUUGAGGGCAUUAAAUGAUCAUAAGAGAGCCGAUGAAUAUCUAGCUACACCACCUGAUGUUAAUAAAUGCUAGCCAAUCGUUUCAAUUGUGAUGACCAUUUUAUUUCUAUACACACGAGUCUAAACAACUAAGGAUUACUCGAAAAAAAAAAGUUAUAAUGGUUAUUCAUCUCAUUAGGGGUCAUUUAAAUGUUGAGUUUAUCUUUGUUAGGAUUAACAUGUUAUAAGUAGUUCAACAACCAAUUUUUCAAUAUGUGAAUGAAGAAAGGCAUGUGAAGUGAACGCACUCUUAUCUACUUCGGUUGUGUUAUUUAUUUUUAAAAUAAACAUAAAAUGUGUCAUUUA